UGGUGACCUCCGACUUAUCUGGCCUGCAAUAUCUCGAGGACCACCACUUGCGCCAUCAUCCGAGGAUUGCUUCACAGGACCCUCCAUCAUGUCCAAUAAUCAGCAGAAUGCUUUAUAUAAUUCCUAUUACGACAAUGUGCCGCCCACCACCACUCGCGUUUCCCUGCCCUCGUACCCCUCUCAGCAGAUAAACACCCAGCAGUAUCACCAGACUGCUCAACAGGUCCAGCAGGUCCAGCCAGUUCACUUGCAACAAUUCCAACAGCCUCAGGUCCAACAGCCUCUGAUUCAACAACAGCAGGCUUACGCUUCUCGCUCUCAGUCGUCCCAGUCCACUCCCCAGCAGCAACAGUAUGGAGGCCAAGGACAAGGCCAGCUUGACCAACAACAGGUGCAAGUAGACCAACAACCACAGCAACCACAGCAACAGCAGGAACAACCACAAGAAUCCCAAGAGCAAACCCCGGAUGAGCCCUCUGAGGACAGACCUGCCAAGAAGAAGCAGAGAAUCUCGCGUGCUUGUGAUGCCUGCCAUGGCCGCCGUCAAAAGUGCCAGGGUUUCCAGCCAUGCGCAAACUGCAUCAAGAAAGGAGUAGAGUGCACCUACAACAACCCCUACUACAGAGGCCGCGCAAGGACUCCUCCUCCGCCUCCCAGUGAUCCCACCACCCGUAACUUUGCCCGUACUACAGACAUCCGCGGGAAGGAGAUACGCGAGCGAAGCUGGGUCAAGCGAGCCUGCGAUACAUGUCGGGAUGGACGCCAUCCCUGUUCAGGCACUCUGCCCUGCGAGAGAUGCUUCAGCAUGAGGCAGGAGUGCACCUACAAGAAGCGCAAUAGUCGUAACCGAUACGAGGAUCUUCCGAACCCGGAACUGAGAGGUCCCUAUCAAAAGGCCGGUGAUUAUUUCCCGGGGCCUGAUGAUCUGCCACAGCCUGUUGUUAAUGAUGAGGGCCAGGAGAACGCGGGGGAUGAUGCCGAGGGACAGGCUAUGAGAGACGACAUUGCUCGCCACGGCGGCCCUGGACAGGACUACCUGAGCCUCAAACUGGAUCACCGCUACGGAGAUGAGGGCACUCCGCCUCUUGUCUUUCUUCAUGCGGCUUGGAAAAGGCUUGCCCAGGUCCAGCGGAAUACUCAGCUUCCUGUCGAUCAGCCCUGGGACCGUUCGACAACCGCUCGGUUCCCACCCAAUCGAGAGCGGUGGUACCAACAACAGGACCACUUCUUCAGGAGCUGGAAUGGUACCUUCCAUUUCCUCCACCGUCAUACUGUGCGGAAGUGGUUGGAGCAAGUCGAAAAGAACUUCGUGGCUCGUCAGGAGUUGUGGUGUGGUGUAGGCCAUGCCCGUGCCGCCAUUGCCCUCAUGACCAUGGCUCUUGGCUCACUCUUCAAGGACGCCCCAAAGACGUGGGUGCGCAUAAACAAAAAAACCGGCAAGGUGAUGAAGACCAGGAAAAUGCCUCCUCCAGACGACUAUAUCUGGUCUCCCGGAUACGGCGAUUCAUUGCUGAAUACCGCCCUGAGUCUCACAGAUGCCGAGACUGGCGAUCCGAAAUUGGACUCUGUCCAGGCUCGCCUCUUGCAGGACUUGUACCUCUUGAGCACAUGUCGCUUGAACAAAGCUUGGUAUACCUUUGGCAAUACACUUCAGAUGAUUACGGGCCUCGGUCUUCAUCGCCGUUUAGGUAAAAACCGUGGACUUGGUCGCGAUAUCACCAAAAGACCGGACUAUGCCAAGAUCCAGUGUGAGCGGCGAACGUUUUGGACGGCUUACAUCAUCGACAAGCAACUCAGCAUGGUCUUUGGACGACCCAGUCACUUCCGUGACGAUUUCAUCGAUCAGGAGCUUCCAGAUGCUGUCAAUGAUGAGGACAUGGGACCCACUGGCCCUGUCCGAGCACACAAGGGGGAUUGCUACAUGGAAGCACUGGUCUCCCACGCCAAGUUGAACAAGCUCAUCGACAAGCUCCUCCACGAAGUAUACUCCCUUCGAGAGAUCCCCGACCAACAAAGGAUCGAUAGCGCCCUGCGCAUCGGCAAAGAGGUCCAGAGGUGGAGGGACGAGCUUCCAUACCUUCUCAGAAACCUCAAGCCGACCUUACUCCUACCCCUUUUCCAGAGGCAAAUGGUUCUCAUCAGGAUAGCUCACUGUCACGCCACCAUGCUUGCCUGCCGGCCCUUUAUCACCGCGCCCUACCCUCAAUCAGGCGAACUGAAGGAAGCUACCGACAAUGCCAUCCGCGACUGUGUUGACUCAGCCCGAAUUGCCCUUAGUGUCGUCACCGGCCUCAUUCGCACAGAGGACAAUGCGCAAUUCAUGACGCUCUGGUACCCUCACCAAGUUGCCUACUGCGCCGCCGUCGUUCUAAUCAUCCUCCCACACAUUCGCGAGCGCCAGAGGUUGUUUGGCGGUCCUCACUACCGCGGCCAUGAAGUGAUGGACGGCAAGCUGCACAAGCUAGUGGAAAGAGGCAUCAAGAUGUUGGCAUCCGAUACGAGUCCCUAUUCACCCGCCCGCAAGUGGGCCAUUAUCCUGGAGGAAUUGAAGAAGGAGGUGACGCGUCAGACUGGGCAUGUUUUCCCGGGCCAGGCAAGCAGUGGUAAAAAGAAAGCUGCAAAUGACGAUGACACCCCAGCGGAUGGGGAGGAGAAUGGGGAGGAGGAGGGGGAGGAGGAGGAGGAGGAGGAAGAGGCUGAGAAUGAAGUUGAGGGCGCUACUGAUGGUCCGUCACCGAAUGAUCAGUUGCUGGAGGAUGCCCUUCGCGCUCAUUGGGCGGCCGAAAUGAUCGGAUCAGUGCAGGACCAAGCGGAAGAUCAGGAGGGGGAGGCCGCGACGCCUGGGUUUACGAGGAGGCUUUGGGAUAACUGGACGUUUACGGAUUGGGCAGAUAUUGACUCUGCGGCCUUCGGACCUAUUGCCGAUUUUGCUGAAGAUCCAGCUCCAGCUCCAGUUCCCGUUGCCGCUCCAGCUCCAACUCCAACUCCAACUCCAACUCCAACUCCAGCCCCCGUUGCAGCUCCCGCUCCGACACCAGCGCCAGCGCUGGCUCAAUCUCCUGCGGUUUUCGCACCCGUUUGAGACCUGUCCAAACUCCAUAUCCAUACACGAUGUACAGUUCCCAAUCCCGUUUUAUACAAGCUUUGUAAUGAUGCGUUCUUGCCUUUCCCAUUGUUCCCUAUCGACUGUCGGCGCUUCCAGAGCUUGGUGAGGGAGACCCGCGGGAUGAUUGCGCCAGCGCAUUCACUUCGGCCUGCAGGCUGCCAAUCCGGCCCAAUAU